AUGCACCAGUCGUCAUUAUUAAAAGUUCCUGCCACUCUUAUUGCACAGACCGCCGGCGCCGUCGACACCCAACCUCAUAGCAACCGAAGGUAUUGUGAGCCCCUCCUAUUGCAUGACAACCUAUUGGGCGAUAUCUCUCACAAGCUCGAUGAAUCAAUUUGA